GCCAGAGCGGCGGCAGCGGCGGCGCCAUGGAGGAGGCGCAGCGGCGGGCCCUGCGGCGCGGGCGGGCGCGGCUGGUGGCGGCGCUGCGGGUGGCGCCGCUCUGGGACCCGCUGGAGGAGCGCGGCCUCUUCACCCGGCCCAUGGUGGAGGAGCUGCAGAGUGCCGGUAGCCGAGGAGAGCAAGCCCGGCAGCUGAUCAUUGACCUGGAGACUCGAGGGAAACAGGCUUUUCCUACGUUCCUCUCCAUCCUGCGGGACACCGGGCAGGGUGACCUCGCAGACAUGCUGAUCGAGGAGUGCGAAUGCCUGCCGGGGCCACCGCAGCCGGUAGACCUGAGGCCUGUCGAGCUGGACUUACGUGGAGAAAAGCACAAUAAAAGUGCACGCUUCCCUGAACGCUUGUCCGUCCCAGUCCAAGCCGAGAGCGAAAGACCUCGAACGCCUCCCGUGCUAGCCCCGGGUUCGGCUGUUGACAAGAGGAACCGCGACCUGGUUUACGAGCUGAAAGGGGACCCGUGCGGACGCUGCCUGAUCCUCAACAACGUCAACUUCAGCAGAGACUCGAAUCUGUCGACUCGAGAGGGCUCCGACGUGGACUGCGAGAAGCUGGAGAAGCGCUUCAAGACCUUGCGCUUUGACGUCCUGACUCGGCGGGAUCUGAAAGCUCAGGAAAUGGCAUCAGAGCUGCAGAAGCUGGCAUGGCAGGACCACGGCGCCUUGGACUGCUGCGUCGUGGUGAUCCUCUCCCACGGUUGUCAGACGAGCCAUAUUCAGUUUCCCGGAGGCAUUUAUGGAACGGAUGGGAACUCCAUUCCCAUAGAAAAGAUUGUGAACUAUUUCAAUGGGUCCCAUUGCCCGAGUUUGAGAGGAAAACCCAAACUCUUCUUCAUCCAGGCCUGUGGUGGAGAACAAAGAGAUCGAGGCUUUGUAGUGGAUUGCGAUUCGCCCGGUGACGAAGCUCCUGGAGGUUCUUUGGAGUCGGACGCAACUCCUUUUCAGCCUCCGUCGGCUAACAUGGAUGAGCCGGACGCCGUAGCCAGUUUGCCCACGCCCAGCGACAUCUUGGUCUCCUACUCGACUUUUCCAGGUUUUGUCUCCUGGAGGGAGGUGUCGAGCGGCUCAUGGUACGUGGAAACGCUGGACAGCGUGCUGGAGCAAUAUGCCAGUUCGGAAGACCUGCUGAACAUGUUAUUGCGGGUGGCAAACGCCGUCUCUGCCAAGGGGACGUACAAGCAGAUCCCCGGCUGUUUCAACUUUCUCCGUAAAAAAUUCUUCUUCGCGUGCAAAUGACGCACGGGCUCCGAGGUCCCUGCCAAGCCUGAGAGCUACUUCCCCGCGGCCGGAUGACAUCUGCACCCGUCGCGACUUGGCGUCGAUCUCCCGGAGGCCUUUGUCUGUCUGCUGAGAUGUUUCUCUUGAGAAAUGUGAUCUGUGAACGCUGUCCUUGCUGUGAAAUAGAGAUAAGAUGGAGCCUGCCACUGCGCUGACGGGGAAUGUUUGAGACAGAGCAGGGAUGGGUGAAGGAAACCGGCCCGGAGCCUCCACACUCAUGGAGGAGAGCACCGCUAGCUCACCGCUACACGGCCACGCUCGGCCUCCGAGUAUCGUUUUUGGGUGAUCACGAUGUUUGUGUCCUUUGCUGCCUGGAUAAGUGAUUGGUGGAAUCCAGGUCUGGCGCUUAAGUGGAACGGAAAGAUUCUUGCAAGCGAUGUUUCUUGUUUUCAAUUAAACGCAAUGAAAAAGGAAAAAAA